AUGCGCACUUCAGUUAUUGCUGCUCUCGCUCUCUCCGCCGUCGCGAUGCCAGCUUUGGCUUUGCCCACUGGCUCUACCGAGACUCCUCAGCACCCUAUGGCAGCCCAACACCAAGUGGCUCCGGCGCCCCAGCCGACGACUUACGCCGACGGGCACAAGCACCACUCUGGAGAACACCACGACUUUCACUCGGACGGGCGCCGCCCCGGCGCACAGGACGCAUACCGCGCUGGGAUGAACCAGGAGCAUCACCACCCUGAGGGUACGACGCUGCACUCGCCUCACGCAUACCGACGUCUCCCCGACACGCGCCCUGCGUACCGCUUGACGCAUAACCACAUGCCUAACUGGCACGAGGGUAGGGAGCUGCCCCCCGCUCAUGCGGAUGAGCAUCACCCCGACCCUCAUUAUGCACAUCAUGACGGGGAGCACAGGGAGCACAAGCCUGAGGGCGGGGAGCAUGCUCACGUAGGUGGGCGUCGCCCUGGCCCGCAAGAUGCAUACCACGCUGGGAUGCCCAAGGAGCACCAGCCUGAGGGCACUACCACGAUGGCUACCGCGGCGAACACCACCACCCAGGACGCUUCCACCACCACCCCGCUCACUAUCACGGAGAACACCGUCAUCACGCUGAGCACCGCCCUCACCACGGGGAGCACCGUCACCACCAUGCCGAGCACCGCCUUCACCACGGAGAGCACCGUCCCCACCACGCCCGCAGUGUGGAGGAGAUUCUCGCUCGUGCUCUCGUUGCCGACCUCUUGGACUGAGAAGUUGGCAUGGCGAUGUUCGCCUGGAAUGGCAGAUCUGAGAUAG